AUGGCUCGUCUCGCGAUCGCCAUUGCUGUCGUCGUCGCCGUCAUCCUCGCCCUCUCCGCCUCCUCCGCGGCGGCGCGUCCUUGCAGGACCUUCAUAAUCUCCUCCUACUCCUUCCGCAACCCUAACUCCAACACCUUCGCCACAAUCACUGAGAUCCGAUCCUUCACCCCUCUCUUCAUCACCGACAAACCCUCUUCCUACGAGGUCUUCUUUCCCCACGCGCUCUCGGAACCCGAGCGCGUCAACCCACGCGCCCCCAUAGGGCUCGCCUCCGCGUACGACUUCUCCUCCCUCCGCGACCGCACCAAGGACAUCCUCAGCGUCGCCCUCGCGCUCCUCUUCGGUGUCGGCUGCGGCGCCCUCACCGCCGCCACCAUGUACCUAGUCUGGUCCGUUUUCUCCACGCGUCAUCGCGCCGCGGCCUACGACGAUUUCUCCUCAGACGAAGAGAUCGAGAGCCCCAAGAAGUUAGGCUACGUCAAGAUUCCAGCUGCCGAGACCGUUGCCGCCGCUCCGGAUCCGGCGUCGGCCAAGGGCUCGGUAUAA